UUUUUCAGCAAAUGUCACAAUGCCAGAAGAUGUCGUCAUGAUGAACCAGACCCAGAAUGGAGAUGAGCUGAUAGAGAACCAAUCGGACCUACCAGACAUCGUCGUGAUCACGUGUAUGUUGUCGUUGUUUAGCAUCAUUGGCACCACCGGCAAUGCAUUCGUGCUGUACGUUUUCUCGAAGAAGAAGGAUAAAAACACGUCUACUGUUUUCAUCUUGGCGCUUGCCUCCAUAGACUUUGUGACAUGCAUUCUAGUUAUUCCGUUUACUAUAGCCGUGGAGUUUCAGUUCAAGAAGAUUGAUAGUGACCUGACAUACACCUCAGAGCAUGAUUCAGCAUCUCCUGGGUUAUUAUCCUAG